AUGAGACCACUCAGACCACACCAAGGGACCACCCAGACCUCACCAAGGGACCACUCAGACCACCCCAAGGAACCACUCAGACCACCCAAAGGGACCACUCAGACCACACCAAGGGACCACUCAGACCACCCCAAGGAACCACUCAGACCACCCAAAGGGACCACUCAGACCACACCAAGGGACCACUCAGACCACACCAUGGGACCACUCAGACCACACCAAGGGACCACUCAGACCACUCCAAGGGACCACUCAGACCACCCCAAGGGACCACUCAGACCACCCCAAGGGACCACUCAGACCACACCAAGGGACCACUCAGACCACCCCAAGGAACCACUCAGACCACAUCAUGGGACCACUCAGACCACCCCCAAGGAACCACUCAGACCACCCAAAGGGACCACUCAGACCACUCCAAGGGACCACUCAGACCACCCCAAGGGACCACUCAGACCACUCCAAGGGACCAUUCAGACCACACCAAGGGACCACUCAGAUCACACCAAGGGACCACUCAGACCACACCAUGGGACCACUCAGACCACCCCCAAGGAACCACUCAGACCACCCAAAGGGACCACUCAGACCACUCCAAGGGACCACUCAGACCACCCCAAGGGACCACCCAGACCACUCCAAGGGACCACUCAGACCACACCAAGGGACCACUCAGAUCACACCAAGGAACCACUCAGACCACACCAUGGGACCACUCAGACCACCCCCAAGGAACCACUCAGACCACCCAAAGGGACCACUCAGACCACACCAAGGGACCACUCAGACCACCCCAAGGGACCACUCAGACCACACCAAGGGACCACUCAGACCACACCUAGGGACCACUCAGACCACACCUAG